ACCCAUGUGAUCUGCUUUCACUAGUAGUGAAGCAUGAGCUCCUUAAAAUCUCUCCUGCUGGAACAUCUAGUUGCAAAUUACCCUCUAAGGAUUUGUGAAAGCAACAUAAGGGCCGUCACUCAGUCUGACAACUCAGUCCAACACGGUGAUAUGAAAGCUCAGUGUCAGGUAAGGUUUGUUCUCUUUGACCUUUUUUAUCCUAAAAUGUCAACGUUUGCAUGAAUUCCCAUGUAUUUUGUUUUCCUUUUCUCAACAAGACAUGCAAAAAAAAUACCCAGGAUCUUCUUAUUAGGCAAAGGGAAGUGAUCAGAUGUAGACUGAAGAAACUGAACGGCAAGCAAAAUGAAAUCAAAUCCAAGUCCUCUGCAGUGAGAGAGAAUAUAGUGAAGAAGUAUGAAGAGAUGCGGAGAGUUCUGGAAGAGGACUGUAGGAUCACUCUGUCCCUGCUGGAGAUGGAGGAGACGGCUGCGGUUCAAGCACUAGACAACCUCAUUGAGACUAAUGUCCUCCUCAAAGACAUUGAGGUCCAGCUCAAUGAAGGGAUGGCGGACAUACAGCCUGGUGACAGGGUCACAAUGUAUGAGGACAGGGUGCUGGAAUUGCUAACAGCAACCAACCCUGGUCUCAUAAAACUUGACGAGGCAAAAUCAGAUCAGCUACUGGGUGUCACCAACAAUUUACUACUGUUUAUUCGCUCCCAGGUCCCCAUUGCCAAGAGGCUGCUGAAGAGCUAUUCCUCAGGAGUGGUCCUGGACCCUUCCACUGCCUAUCCCAAGCUGAUUAUUUCAUCUGAAGGGGACUGUGCCACUUUCACAGAUGUAUGGCAGGAUGUCCCUGAGCAUGAGGGCCGCUUUGACACCACCCUUAACGUCUUGAGCGUCCAGUGUUGGGACUCUGGCUGCCAUUACUGGGAGGUAGAUGUGAGUGGAAAGAUCUACUGGGAACUUGGUCUUACCUACCAAUCCAUCCCCAGAAAAGGCCAAAAGGAGGACUGCUGGUUGGGCCGGCAUGCUGAAUCAUGGUGUCUGGAGUACUUUGAUGGAGACUACACUGCCUGGCAUGGAGGUAUUGCUCAUUCUUUGCCCAUUUCCUCAUGCUUUCAUCGGAUUGGCAUCUUCUGCAGCUUUCCUGGAGGUCUGGUGACAUUUUUAGGAGUGGAUAGCAUGACACCGCUGUACUCAUUCUGUGCUGGGGCUUUCACAGACUCUCUACACCUUGCUGUUUGUCCAGGACAUGAUCUUCAUGGGACAAACUCAAAACCUAUGAAGAUCUGUCAAUCCUAACCAUCUUUAAAAACCCAUACCUAGCAUUUGGAAGACCAAGUAGGCCUCCCUUGCACAGGUUUGUUUGAUUUGGUGCUCAAGAAACAUUUCUUAUUAAUAUCAAUUUGGAAAACAGUUGUACUGCUUGAUAUUUUGGUAGAAGCCAUGAUAGAUUAUUAGAAUCUAGAUAGAAGAUAGACAUCUUUUUGUAACAUAAAUGUCUUUACUGACACUUUUGAUCAAUUUAAUGCAUCCUUUCUGAAAAGUAUAUAAAAAAAAUGUAACUGACCGCAAACUUUUGAAUGGUAGUAU